UCGGUAAAUAUUGGUGACGUCACACCGCCAAGAUGGCGGAGGGGGAGGAUGGCGGCUGGUGGCGGAGCUGGCUCCAGCAGAGCUACCAGGCCGUCAAGGAGAAGUCCACAGAGGCUUUGGAGUUCAUGAAGAGGGACCUGGCUGAGUUCACCCAGGUGGUGCAGCACGACACCGCCUGCACCAUCGCCGCCACGGCCAGCGUGGUCAAGGACAGGCUGGCAAGGGCAGAAGGCUCAGGUGCCACUGAGAAGGUGAGGAAGGGCCUGUCUGACUUCCUGGGGGUCAUCUCGGACACCUUCGCUCCCUCUCCGGACAAGACCAUUGACUGUGACGUUAUCACCCUGAUGGCAACGCCCUCAGGUACCACUGAGCCCUACGACAGUGCCAAGGCCCGUCUCUACAGCCUCCAGUCCGACCCAGCCACCUACUGCAACGAGCCCGAUGGCCCUGCUGAGCUGCUGGAGGCCUGGCUGGCUCAGUUCAGCCUGGAGGAGAAGAAAGGGGAGAUUGCAGAGCUGCUGGCCACCAGCCCUUCCAUCAGGGCACUCUACACCAAAAUGGUCCCUGUGGCUGUUUCCCACUUGGAGUUCUGGCAGCGCUAUUUUUACAAACUGCAUCGCCUGGAGCAGGAUGAAGCCCGGAGGGAGGCUCUGAAGCAGCGAGCAGAGCAGAGCAUGCAGCAAGAGGAGCCAGGCUGGGAGGAGGAUGAAGAGGAGUUCUUGGGGAUGUCCCCCCUGCCUUGUGCAAACAUCACAUUUCCAGGAGCAGCACAGAAAGCACCCAGCUCAGAGGGACACCAGGCUGCUGCCCCCAAGGCUCCCUGUGGGGAGAGCUGGGCCGUGCUGCCCCCAGAGCUGGUGCCAGGGGAGCAGAGCCCCUCGGAGAGCAGCGAGAGCGUGUCCCUUGUGACUCAGAUUGCAAACCCUGCCCCUGUGCCUGCCACCCAGCCACAGACUGCAGCUCCAGCCCUGCCCCUCUCCCAGAGGCUGCAGGAGGCCACCUUGGAGGAGCAGAGCUCCCUGCCAAAGCCCCCAGAAGCUGCUCAGCCUUGUGCACCUGCCCAGCCAUCAGCAGCAUCCUCGGAGCUGGCAGCUGGAACGGAGCUCAGAGAGCUGGAGAGCAAAGGGCAGGGCAGGACAGAGACUCUGAGGGAGGAAGGACCCACAGAUCUGAGAGUCUUCGAGCUCAACUCGGACAGUGGCAAAUCCACCCCCUCCAACAACGGCAAGAAAGGCUCCAGCACGGAUAUCAGCGAGGACUGGGAAAAGGACUUUGAUCUGGACAUGACAGAGGAGGAGGUGCAGCUGGCACUGUCCAAGGUGGAAAUGUCUGGGGAGCUGGAAGAUGAAGAGUGGGAAGACUGGGAAUAAAGCAGCUGCUUGCAGUGUGUGUCACAGGCUCAUUUCCACACCUUCGAACGUGAAUCCAACCUCGGACCAGCUGUUCCUUUGUGUGUGACUGUGCUGGGGUUGCACCCCCAGCCUGCAGGAGUUCCCACUCCUGCAAAAACCUGGGGGCAACUCAAGUGACCCCUGCAGCUCCAGGAGGAGGAAGCAGGAGGUCACUGGCACGCAGGAGCCCGACUUCUCCACAGGUCCUAGAGACUGGCCAAGCCAAAACUGACCCUGCUGUGUUGGGAAGAGGCAGAGUGAGGGGUCCCUGGGGCCAGCUGGGCACUCAGAGCCCUGCCAGCUGUGCUGGGUGCUGCCAGGCUGCCAGCUGGCUCCUUCCCUGCUUGUGUGUGCACGUGGAGCCCUCAGCUGAGAGGCUCCUGGACGUGGCUGUGCCUGCUCUGCUCGCUGCUCUGCAAUUCCCACCCAGCGAGGGCCUGAGGCCUGGAGGUGCUGCACAAAAAAGCACUUGGCUCGUGGCUUUGACCCUGGAAGGAGCCAAACCCCCUGCCAAACCCUCAGCUUCUGCCUGGCUUUUUGUCUUGGAAGCUUUUUCUCAUGGAAAUUCCCAUUUCCAGCAGUUUCUCCAGAAGAGCCAAGGCCUGCUGCUCUCCCCUUUUGCAGCUGCACCACCUUCCUGCACUGGGUUUUGUGUCUUUCUAGUUAAAUUCUCCAAGCAAAAUCCUCCUGGCUUGCUCUUACUGCUGGGCUGGCACUGGUUUGGGUCAGCUGGGGACAGAACCCCGGUGUUGGUGGCACUGGUUUGGGUCAGCUGGGGACAGAACCCCGGUGUUGGUGGCACUGGUUUGGGUCAGCUGGGGACAGAACCCCAGUGUUGGUGGCACUGGUUUGGGUCAGCUGGGGACAGAGCCCCAGUGUUGGUGGCACUGGUUUGGGUCAGCUGGGGACAGAGCCCCAGUGUUGGUGGCCACUUGCAAAGGUCCAACCUGGCCCCACUUCAACCUCAGCUUGGCCAUCCUGGGGGGGACAGAGGCUCCCAAAUUGGGGUGUCCCUGUUGUGUGUCCCCAUCUGAGCCCUGUCCCACCCGUGCCAGCCCCUGCAGCCACCACGAGCUUUGGGUUCCUUCCCUUCAGCCCCUGGCACUGUUUGUUUCACUCCCUUCAGCCCCACGACUCCUUUUUGGGGCAGUUUCAUGUCACAACAGGAGAUGCUGCUCAUGCACAGUUACCCCCAGGGGACAGUGCCCUCCCUGGCCUUUGGGGUGCUGAGGUGACACUUUCUGCCUUUGUCCUGCCCCUUCCAGGCCUGGGGGUUUCCUACUGGCUUUGGACAGCACUAAACAAGGUGCACUUGGAAGAGUUGGGGUUUUGGGGUUGGGUUUUCCUUCUUUAGGGCGAUUCCUGCUGGGAGCAUCCCUGUCCUGCCAAAGCCCUGGGUCCAGCAGAGCCUCUCCUUGUCCUGGCUGGGAUUGUGGUGGGCAGGGGACACAGGGGACACCAGUGGGGACCUGGGGCUGCUGUGAGCCCCAGCUGAUCCCACAGCAGAGCUCGAGGGUGCAGCAUCUGUGUCACUUUCUUUCCUUCUUUUAGUGGAAUUAACCGUGGGGUUGGUUGUGCAAUAUUCUCUGUUCUUGAACUAUUCCCCAUCUCCCUGAGCCUUUUCUAGCUGGGGUGACAAACCAGGAACAAUUCUAACAGCUGGUAGUUUUGUAACAAUGACUUUCUCCAAACCUUUUACAGACUUGCAGUUAACAGCAAUUAAAGGAGUUCUCAGAGUC